AUGGUUUCCAAAGCAUCCACACCGUCCUUGCCAGACCUCCUCGAUGUAAUCAUCGUCGGCGCUGGACCCUGUGGACUCGCCGUUGCUGCCAGACUAAAAGAAGAAACACCGUCUGCGUUGUUCACAGACGACGAGCACCAGCGUUACCACUGGAUCAACAAACAUAGCGGCCGGAUGGCGCUCGUACAGGCUCGCCACGGCAAGCAGAAAAAGGUCAAGGCAGAGAAAUGGCACGGAUACACCUCUCGGCAGUCCUUCUCAUCUACACACUCAGAGUCUAUAGCGGGGUCUCCGCCUUCGCUAUCCUCGUCCGCCUCGACUGCUUCAGUGGAGACGGAAGCCGGUCCAGUGGAGGAUGAUUCGCCGUCCAUUCUUGUUUUGGAUAGUACGGGCGAUAAAUGGAUGGAGCGGUGGAAUCGGGCGUUCAAGACGUUGGAGAUUCAGCAGCUUCGCAGCCCCAUGUUCUUCCAUGUGGAUCCGAGUGAUCGGGAUGGAAUGUUGGCGUAUACGCAGGAG